AUGUCCUUCUUUGGGUUAGAAAACAGCAGCAAUGCGCGGGACGGCCCUCUGGACUUUGAAGAGAGCUACAGGGGUUAUGGCGAGCACGAACUCGAGGAGAACGACUAUCUGAACGAUGAAACAUUUGGUGAUAAUGUCCAGGUUGGUACGGACUUCGAUUUUGGUAAUCCUCAUAGUAGCGGUGGUCGUAACACAAUUGGAGGUAAUGCAGUUGGUAGCACAGCUAGAUCUUAUGUUGCGGCUACUGCAGAAGGAAUUAGCGGCCCUAGAACCGAUGGAGCCCCAGCAGCAGCACCUUUAGACUUGAAGCCAAUGGAAUCUCUGUGGUCUACAGCACCACCUCCGGCAAUAGCGCCAUCACCUCAAGGUGUGAUGGCCCCGGGGCCACAGCAAAUGGGUCCCCUACAACCCCUCUUAUCCAUGCAAGACUUGGAAAGACAGCAACGUCAAAUGCAGCAACAGUUUAUGAACUUCCACGCCAUGGGACAUCCACAGGGACCCCCUCAGCAGCAAUUUCCUGUGCAGCCUGCAUCGAAUCAACCAGGUCCCUCACAAUUUGCACCUCCACCUCCACCCCCAGGCGUCAACGUGAAUAUAACUCAAAUGCCCAUGGGUGCUGUACAAGUUCCAAUGCAGGCGUCACCUUCUCCAAUUGCUAUGCCAAAUGGACCUUCUCCGGGUCCUGUGAUUGGGUCAGGCAAGAUGCCUCUACAAGGUGGACGUAGGUCGAAGAGAGACUUGUCGCCCGAAGAGCAAAGACGUUUGCAAAUUCGUCAUGCCAAAGUAGAAAAGAUCUUGAAAUACUCAGGUUUAAUGACACCUCGUGAUAAGGACUUCAUCACCAGAUAUCAACUGUCCCAGAUUGUCACUGAAGAUCCUUACAACGAGGACUUCUACUUCCAGGUUUACAAGAUUAUUCAAAGAGGUGGCAUUACUUCCGAGUCGAACAAGGGCCUAAUUGCCAGAGCGUACUUGGAACAUUCCGGACACAGACUGGGCGGUCGUUAUAAGAGAACUGAUAUUGCCCUACAAAGAAUGCAAAGUCAAGUGGAAAAGGCCGUUACCGUGGCCAAGGAAAGACCUUCAAAGUUGAAGGAUCAACACGCAGCCGCUGGUAACUCUAGUCAGGACAACAAGCAAGCAAAUACUGUUUUGGGUAAGAUCUCUUCAACUUUGAACAGUAAGAAUCCAAGAAGACAACUACAGAUCCCUAGACAACAGCCUUCUGACGCCGAUGCUCUAAAAGAUGUCACAGAUUCGUUGACCAACGUAGAUUUGACAACCUCGGGAUCCUCUUCAGCAGGUUCUGCUGCUGCUGCUGCCUCUAAACAAAGAAGAAGAUCUUCUUAUGCUUUCAACAACGGCAAUGGUACCACAAACUUGAACAAAUCAGGGGGUAAGAAGUUCAUCUUAGAGUUAAUUGAAACGGUUUACGAGGAAAUUCUAGACUUGGAAGCUAAUUUGAGGAAUGGCCAACAAACUGACAGUACUGCAAUGUGGGAUGCUCUUCACAUUGAUGACUGUUCAUAUGACGUAAACCCCUUCAUUUCGAUGCUAUCUUUUGAUAAAGGUAUUAAAAUUAUGCCUAGAAUUUUCAAUUUCUUGGAUAAGCAGCAAAAAUUGAAGAUCCUGCAAAAAAUUUUCAACGAAUUAUCACAUUUGCAAAUCAUUAUAUUAAGCUCUUACAAGAUCACACCAAAACCAACAUCACCACAAUUGAAGAAAGUUGAUCUUUUCCAAAUGAUCAUAUUAAAGAUCAUCGUUUCAUUCUUGUCUAAUAAUUCCAAUUUUAUCGAAAUUAUGGGUCUGUUACUGCAGUUGAUUAAAAAUAACAACGUUUCAUUCUUGACCACUUCCAAAAUUGGUCUAAAUUUGAUUACUAUUUUGAUUUCUCGUGCUGCAUUGAUCAAACAAGAUUCGUCAAGAUCUAAUAUUCUUUCGUCUCCUGAAAUCUCCACAUGGAAUGAAAUUUAUGAUAAAUUAUUCACUUCAUUGGAAAGUAAGAUUCAGCUGAUUUUUCCUCCAAGGGAAUACAAUGACCACAUCAUGCGUCUACAAAAUGAGAAGUUUAUCGAUGAGGCAUAUAUUUGGCAGUUCCUAGCUAGUUUGGCACUAAGUGGGAAAUUAAACCACCAGAGAAUCAUUAUCGAUGAAGUACGUGAUGAGAUCUUUGCCACUAUUAACGAGGCAGAGACAUUGCAAAAGAAAGAAAAGGAGUUGAGUAUAUUGCCUCAGAGGUCUCAAGAAUUAGAUACAGAAUUGAAAUCGAUUGUGUAUAAUAAAGAGAAGCUAUACCAAGAUUUGAAUCUGUUCUUGAACGUCAUGGGGUUGGUGUACCGCGACGGUGAGAUUUCAGAACUAAAGUAG